AUGGCCUCCCCCAUACCUCGUGGCCUCAAGCAGGUGCUGCAAAAGACUCCCAACGAUAUUGUCAUACUGUCGGCUCUGCGAACGCCAGUCACUCGCGCCAAAAAGGGCGGGUUCAAGGAUGCGUAUCCGGAAGAGCUGUUAUCCCAUGUCCUCCGGGCCACAUUAAAGGCCAAUCCAAAUCUCGAUCCCGCGUUGAUUGAUGAUGUGACGAUUGGCUCUGUGCUACAGGAGCUCGGUGGUGCAAAGGCUGGACGAAUGGCCCAGAUUCACGCGGGAUUCCCUCACUCGGUGCCUUUCAACACCGUCAACCGCCAAUGCUCGUCCGGUCUGGCUGCAAUCACCGCAGUCUCUUACGGUAUCCGCGCCGGCGCAAUUAACGUGGGUGUUGGUGGUGGUAUGGAGUCCAUGACCCGUAACUACGGCUCGCGGGCCAUCCCUACUGUCCUGUGGCCCGAAUUGAAGGAUUCACACUCCAAAGAUGCCCGCGACUGCAUCAUGCCGAUGGGCAUUACUUCGGAAAAUGUGGCCUCGCGCUAUGGAAUUUCUCGCGCAGACCAAGACGCGUUUGCGGCCGAGUCGCAUCACAAGGCAUCCGCCGCACAAAAGGCUGGCCGCUUUGACAGCCAGAUUGUCUCGGUCACCACCAAAUCGUUUUCCGCAGAGCACCCGGACGCGGCCCCCGAAGACAUCACUGUGUCCCAGGACGACGGUAUUCGGCACAACAUCUCGGUUGAGAAGAUGGCCUCGCUUAAGCCCGCCUUUUCCGCGGAUGGCGCCAGUACCGCUGGUAACAGCUCACAGGUGAGCGACGGCGCUGCUGCGACUCUGUUGAUGCGUCGAUCAACUGCCGAAGAGCUCGGCCUCUCGGGAUCCAUCAAGGCUCGUUGGGUGGCUACCGCGGUGGCUGGGUGUGCGCCGGAUGAGAUGGGCGUGGGCCCCGCGGUGGCAAUUCCCAAGCUGCUCGAGAAUACUGGUCUCCAGGUUUCCGACGUGGGUGUUUGGGAGAUCAACGAGGCAUUUGCUUCGCAGGCACUGUACAGUAUCCGCAAGUUGGGAAUUGACCAAGCCAAGGUCAACCCCAACGGUGGUGCAAUUGCCAUCGGACAUCCGCUCGGUGCUACCGGUGCUCGCCAAGUUGCCGAUCUGUUGCCAGAGUUGGAGCGCAGCGGCCAGGACAUCGGUGUUGUUAGCAUGUGUAUCGGCACUGGCAUGGGCAUGGCCGGCAUGUUUGUGCGGGAAUAA